AUGGAUGUCACCAGGGUGUUACUAGUCUGCCACUCGCUGUUCUUGCUGCUGCUCCUUCCGGCGGUCGUCCUCGGUGCCGCCGCGGAGACGAUGCAGACCUACAUCGUGCAGCUGCACCCGCACGACGAGGGUGACAGCGGCGAGGCCAUGCUCUCCGCCUCCAGGUCCAAGGUCGACUGGCACCUCUCCUUCCUGGAGAGGUCCAUGGCGUGGGAGCAGGAGAAGCUCCCGUCCUCGCGCCUCCUCUACUCCUACCACACCGUGUUCGACGGCUUCGCGGCGCAGCUCACGGACGGCGAGGCCGCGGCGCUGCGUGCGCUCCCGGGCGUCGCGUCGGUGCGCGCCGACCGGCGGGUGGAGCUGCACACCACAUACUCGUACCGCUUCCUGGGGCUCAACUUCUGCCCCACCGGCGCGUGGGCGCGGUCCGGGUACGGCCGCGGCACCAUCAUCGGGGUGCUCGACACCGGGGUGUGGCCCGAGAACCCCAGCUUCAACGACCGCGGUAUGCCGCCGGCGCCCGUGCGGUGGGGCGGCGUGUGCCAGGGCGGGGAGCACUUCAACGCCUCCAACUGCAACCGGAAGCUCAUCGGGGCGCGGUUCUACUCCAAGGGCCACCGCGCCAACUACCCGACCAACCCUUCGGAGGCGGCAUCGCUGCUGGAGUACGUGUCGCCGCGGGACGCGCACGGGCAUGGCACGCACACGGCGUCCACGGCGGCGGGCGCGGCCGUCGCCGGGGCCAGCGUCCUGGGCGCCGGGCUCGGGGAGGCGCGCGGCGUGGCCCCAGGCGCGCACGUCGCCGCAUACAAGGUGUGUUGGUUCAACGGCUGCUACAGCUCCGACAUCCUCGCCGGGAUGGACGACGCGGUGCGCGACGGCGUCGACGUGCUGUCCCUCUCCCUCGGCGGGUUCCCCAUCCCGCUCUUCGAGGACAGCAUCGCCAUCGGCAGCUUCCGCGCCACGGCCCGCGGCGUCUCCGUCGUGUGCGCCGCCGGGAACAACGGGCCAGAGCGGAGCUCCGUCGCCAACGAGGCGCCGUGGGUGCUGACCGUCGGCGCAGCCACCCUGGACCGCCGCUUCCCGGCGUACGUCCGGCUCGGUGACGGCCGGGUCCUGUACGGCGAGUCCAUGUACCCUGGGGAAAUCGGUUUGAAAAAAGGCGGGAAGGAGCUCGAGCUGGUGUACGCCGUUGGUGGGACCCGGGAAUCCGAGUACUGCCUCAAGGGGUCCCUGGAUAAAGCCGCCGUCGCCGGAAAGAUGGUGGUCUGCGACCGCGGCAUCACGGGCCGCGCCGACAAAGGCGAGGCGGUAAAAGAAGCAGGCGGCGCGGCCAUGGUGCUCGCCAACUCCGAGAUAAACCGGCAGGAGGACUCCAUCGACGUCCACAUCCUGCCAGCGACGCUCAUAGGGUACCGGGAGGCCGUGGAGCUGAAGAAAUACAUCAGAUCGACGCCGCGGCCAGUGGCGAGGAUAGUGUUCGGCGGCACGCGGAUCGGGCGCGCGCGCGCUCCGGCGGUGGCCGUGUUCUCCGCGCGCGGGCCGAGCCUGACGAACCCGUCGGUGCUGAAGCCCGACGUGGUCGCCCCCGGGGUGAACAUCAUCGCGGCGUGGCCCGGGAACCUGGGCCCGUCGGGUCUGGAGAGCGACGCCCGCCGGUCCAACUUCACCGUGCUCUCGGGGACGUCGAUGGCGGCGCCUCACGUGAGCGGCAUCGCGGCGCUGAUCCGGUCCGCGCACCCGUCCUGGAGCCCGGCGAUGGUCCGGUCCGCGAUCAUGACCACGGCCGACAUAACCGACCGGCAGGGCAAAGCGAUCAUGGACGGCGGCGGCGACGGCGGGCGCGCCGGCGUGUUCGCCAUGGGCGCGGGGCACGUGAGCCCGGCGCGCGCCGUCGACCCGGGCCUCGUGUACGACAUCCAGCCCGCCGACUACGUGACGCACCUGUGCACGCUCGGGUACACCCACCUGGAGAUCUUCAAGAUCACCCACACCGGGGUCAACUGCAGCGCGGCGCUCCGCGGGGACAGGAACAGGGGCUUCUUCUGCCUCAACUACCCGUCGAUCGCGGUCGCGCUCAGGAACGGCGCCAGGUCGGCGGUGCUGCGGCGGACGGUGACCAACGUCGGCACGCCCAACUCGACGUACGCCGUGCAGGUGUCCGCUCCGCCUGGAGUGAAGGUCACGGUGUCGCCCACGACGCUGUCGUUCGUGGAGUUCGGCGAGCAGCGGAGCUUCCAGGUGACCGUGGACGCGCCGUCGCCGCCCGCGGCGAAGGACAGCGCCGAGGGGUACCUGGUGUGGAAGCAGAGCGGGGGCCAGGGGAGGCACGUCGUGAGGAGCCCCAUCGCCGUGACCUGGGUGGUGGAGUAG